GAACGUGCGGGUUGGUGCCAAACUCGUUCCCGGACGAGUGACAACACAUUGUGCAUCGUAGACGUUUAACACUGGGAGUCACGCUCACGCCAUUUGCAUUACGCAGAGUGCAAAGCCAUGUGGUGCUGCCAUCUUUCACGCUCACCGUUCUCCGUCUUAUCUUCUUCUUCUUCUGUUAGGGUUCUUCUUUCUCCUCCUCCUCCUCCUCCUCCUUCAAGGACUUCCGUGUACACUUCAUCUAUCUCCUGCUCUGCUGCUGCCAUGGCGGCCCACGACGAAGGGCGAAAGAAGUUCUUGGACUUCCCCUUCGUUUCUACUUCUCACAAGAACCUCAUGCUCGAUCUUGUAUCUGAAGUCGAAAAUCGCUUCAAUUCGCAGCUUCUUCCUUGUACACUCCCGCCGGACGUUCAGUACUACCAGAGUCAGACAGGUACAGCCCAAGGUUCACUGCAAAUUCGAUCAGGCCAGAAUAACUCCCCUGUUGACUUUGUAUUGGGGAGUUGGGUACACUCUGAACUACCAACCGGAGGAUCUCUUGAUAUAACAAGUCUUUCAGGUUAUCUAAAUCUCUCAAACGAUUCGCCAAACUUCGUGAUUGAACUCAUUCGGAGCAGUCCAACAAUGCUGGUCCUCAUUCUUGAUCUUCCUCCUCGGAAGGAUCUGGUGCUUUGGCCAGAUGACCUCAAAACGUUUUAUGAAAAUACUCAGCUGGACAAACACAGGCAAGCUAUUGAGAAAAUCCCUGAAGUGAAGCCAUAUAACUCUUCCUCACUUUAUAUCCGAGCCGCUUCGUCUCCUACAGCUAUCAUGGUUUCUAUUGGGACACGAGCUGAUGAUGGUGGAGAAGAACGCAUGGAGGAGAUCAUCAGAGACCAUUUGGAUCCCAUUUCAAAGGAAGUGUUGGGGAUAUGGUUGGACCAUUGUGCUUGUGCGAAGAGAGAAGUAGGAGGAGCAGAAAGAGCUGAUCUGAAGAAAAGGGAUGGUAUUAUGAGAAGCAAAACGAUUGAAAUUGAUCUGGGUUCAAGCUUCCCGAGGCUGUUUGGUCCAGAAGUUGCAAACAGAGUGCUUGAAGCCAUGAGGGACUAUUUUACUUGAAGAUAAAGAAGUUACAUAUUGUCAUAUGACUUAGUAGUCUGGUUGGCUCAAUGUGUGUAAAUAAUUUUGGCAGCCAAAAGUGGCACUUUAGUCAAGUAGCUCUUUUGAAACAAGUACUUUGGCUCCCUUUAUUGUACGUGUCUAUUUGACAGAGUCACCUGAUAUAUAGUGGACUUUUAUUAGGUGAACAUUAUCUACCAGAUCAUCUAUAGAUCAAUCUUCAGAUGAUUGAGGAUUAAAAUUGUAGGAAUUGUAGGAUUAGUGCAUUGUACUAGUCUUAAUACUAAUAUAAAUGCUGGAAUCACGGUGUUUUGGCAA